AGUAACAAUUGAUGCACUCCCACAGGCAGUGACACAGAGUUUUAAGAUCAACAGAGUUAAAAGGGUGACUUCAACUGUCUUAUUUGAAGAUAAUUCUUCACUGGAGGACGUUUAUAUAAUUAUUUAAUAACAAGAGAACUGAGCAACACUGUGAAAGAUGUCCUGCCUGAAGGGCCUCAAGUACACCAUGUGUGUGGUGAACUUCAUCUUUUUUAUCUGUGGUGCUACAAUCUUUGGAUUGGGAAUCUAUCUGAUGACAUCCUCCAGGUUCGCUUCCCUGCUACCCAGCCUUCAGGCUUUGAACAUAGCCAACACUCUCUUCAUCACAGGGAUCAUCAUCUCCUGCGUGUCCUUCCUGGGCUUUCUUGGAGCUCUGAAGGAAAAUCGUUGCCUUCUAAUAUCUUUCUUUAUACUGCUGUUCAUUCUAAUGCUGGCUGAGUUGGCUGCUGCCUGCCUUCUGCUCAUGUAUGAGAGACAUAUUGACAAGUUCAUUAAGGAUGAUCUCAAAGCCAGUUUAGAUAAAUACAAAGAGGACAUGGCCAGAAAUGUCACAAAUGACUGGGACACUGUGCAAAAGGGACUUAAAUGCUGUGGUAUCGAAAGCCACAUAGACUGGAAAGCAUCUGUACCACCGUCAUGCUGCUCAAGCGACCAAUGCCUAAAUAAUGGAACACAAUACUGGGAUCAGGGUUGCUACACCAAGCUAAAGGAUGUGUUAGACAGGAACCUCUUGAACACGGGGAUCGCCGUCAUUGUUGUCUGCCUUAUUGAGGUCUUGGGUAUGUGUUUCUCAAUGACCCUAUUCUGCCACAUAAGUCGAUCUGGAUUAGGAUACAAGUGAUACACAGUUGGGGCCACAAGGACAUCUUCUACAGAGUUUAUAUUGUUAAUAACCAUUGUCAUCUACUAUCAAAUCCAGUUAGACUGCCAUUAAAAAAAAACUACUUUCAGAUAAACAAAAGUCAGAGUUAUUUGCCAAAAGAUCAUUUUGUUCUCGUUUUUGAUGGCGUUGCAAUUGUAAGUUCUUCUUUUUACUUCUUUUUUAACAUUAAUUCAUUGUCAUUAGAGCAGUUAAACUGGUUCUAAAUUUUUUUUUUUUUUUCGUUCAGCAGUAUUAUUUUUAAAUUGAUUGCUUAAAAGUAAACUUCUUAGGGGUUUUAGAAUCUGGAUUCAUCCUCAUCUGAAUAUCAAGCAUGGAAAAAUGGCAUUAGAGAAUGUUUCCAUCAUGAAUCUUCUUUACAUACUUCUAACUGCAUAUUGCACUGUACAUAAAUAGUCUACUAUUAUUAAAAUAACUUAAGUAUUAUAUUUUCCCUCUGUCACAUAAUAAUGCUAAGCAAUGUCGAGUAUGUUCUUGUAAUUGGCUUAAUUGUUAAUCAGAAAAAAAAAAUUGUAUACUGGACAAGGUAAUCGUUUAUUUCUUAUCACUUUUUUUUCUUAUGGAACUUUACUUACUGAACUGUAGUAAGUGAUGAAGAAGCCAUUUGAUUACCCAUAGUAUGGGGAUUGUUUAUUUAACAAUCACACCACUUAAAGACAUUAUAUGAUGCUAUUACAGCAAUUAUGCAUUUUAUUUCUUUUCUGACUAAAUGUAAACU